AUGCAUGGAAAUGUCUGGAGUACCAAGACGCUAGACGUGUCCGUGUCCGUGUCCGUGUCCGGUUCAAAGAAAAAGUGUUUCAUGGCAAAUAUGAAAGAAAAGAUUCACAGCCAAGACACCAAAAGACAACACCAUGUUUCAUACCUUGUUAGCCAUGUAUGGUACGAUAUGGGAAGACCUAUGUUAGUAGAAAGCAGGUACCGUCAAUCAACCUGCUUAACCCAUAAUCGUCAUCCUCUACCAGAGAUGCAAAAAAAAAAAUCUACUGCCUGA